UAUGAUGGCACAUCCUGGUGUGUCUACUGCCAACGAUAACACCUCCAGCCCUGCCUUCUUCACCCUGGUCGGCAUCCCGGGCUUGGAGGAUGCUCACAUCUGGAUCUCCAUCCCCUUCUGCUUGAUGUACAUCGUGGCCCUGCUGGGAAACUCUCUGCUGAUAUUCACCAUCAUCACAGAGCGAAGCCUCCACGAGCCCAUGUACGUGUUUCUGUGCAUGCUGGCAGUUGCUGAUUUGCUGUUAUCUUCCAGCAGCGUGCCAAAAACUCUGAGCAUCUUCUGGUCCCUCUCCAAGCAGAUCUCUUUCGAGGGCUGCCUCACCCAGCUGUUCAUUCUACAUUUUGUUUCCGUGGUCGAGUCAGGCAUCCUGGUAGCCAUGGCGUUCGAUCGCUACGUCGCCAUCUGCAACCCCCUGAGAUACACGGUGAUCCUGACUCGCUCGGUCACGGGGAAAAUGGGGGCAGCUGCCGUCGCUCGAGGCUUCUGUUUCAUCUUCCCGGUCAUCUCCCUCUUGAAGCGGCUGCCGUACUGUGGGCACAACGUCAUGCCUCACACCUACUGUGAGCACAUGGGAGUGGCCCGGUUGGCCUGUGCUGACAUCAGGGUCAAUAUUUGGCUUGGCAUCGUAGUGAUCUUCCUCUCAGCAGGACUUGAUACCAUCUUCAUUGUGGUUUCCUAUGCCCUCAUCCUCCGGACUAUCGCACGUCUCCCAUCCAGGGGUGCCCAUAUGAAGGUGUUGAACACCUGUGGCUCUCACAUCUGUGUGAUAUUCAUGUUUUACACCCCUGCCUACUUCUCCUUCCUGACCCACCGGUUCGGUCACCACGUCCCGAGGUAUCUUCUCAUCUUAUUGGCCAACCUCUACGUUAUCAUCCCCCCCAUGCUAAACCCCAUCGUCUAUGGGAUGAAAACGAAGGAGAUUCAGGCACGCGUGGUCCAGAUGUUCCCCCACGUGCGGGCACAACACUAGUGUGGGAAUUGGGAGGCACACCAUGUGGUCUCUCUCUCUCCCACUCUCUGCUGCACUUAGACUGAACCUCUGGUGUAUGGAUGAGUUCAUUUCCAAUGCAGGAAGUGUAAAUGGGAACAAGACCCAUGGA